CCAUCCCAGCAGAUAUAUGUAGCUAAGAUCAUGGAAAAGUAGCUAAAAAUUUGAUGGUUGACUAAGAUGUGUGAGGAUUGUCAACCAUUGUCCAUUGUGACAACUAGCUUAAGUAAACUAGUAAUUAAGAGAAAUACAAAAGCUUCGUUAAUAGACUUGCAGACGAUUAAUCUAUUAAUUAAUCAGGGAUUAAUAAGUUUUAGCUGGCACCCUAUGCCCUACUCCACGCGUCUUUCUAUACCGACAAUAGUGCCAACUUGCAACGUUUAUUUUUUGGUUAAUUAUUUCCUUAUAGCUUGUUAAUUAUGUUUCACUUUGUUUCGAUCUGCGUUUAAUUAUUCGAAAAUUAUGUAUUGCAUGACGAGGUGGGAAAGCGUGUUGUUUGGUAAACUCCUUUUUUACUUUCGGAAUGUCGUAUUGAGAAAAUCAUUUCUUCCUUUGAUCAUGGCAGCAAUCGGCAAAUUUAUGUUGUUGUUCGCCGGUAACCAAACCCUCUACUCAACAAAAAUGAUACCAAAACACUAGCAAGCCAAACAUGCCUUCUUAGACAACACCAUGUUCCACCAUUUCUAGCUUCUGUCUCCAGUUAUGUGGUUAAGAGAAUAACUCAGCGUGACAUUUGAUCUACAUCGUACUUCUUUGAUUUGAUUCUCAUAGUUUAUCAUUCAAAUAAGAGAAAGGGGGAAAAAUAAUGCUUUGAAAGUAUUAAGACUUUGAUUUUGUUUUAUUUUAGUUGUGUAAUUUAGAGUGUACCUUAUGUAUAACAGAGCGUGUUAAUAUAUCAUGUAAAUAACUAUACUUUAGUGAUAGAUAGGCGCUCGAAAGCAAGAAAGUUUUGUAUCCAAGUCUCUCUCGCAACAUAAAUAAAUAAGUUUGUGAGGAUGUUGAUCUAGAUCCCAAGCCAGUCAGAGAUUAUCAUAGGCUUCUCUAAUAAACAAAUAGCUCUAUCACCGACUACGAAUUAAUAGUAUUCAAAUUGAACGCCUUGUCACAAAUAUUGCACAACCAAUGACAUCAUUGUUGCCAAGACCUUGUUUGAUUCUUUUUCUUAAAGAGAAGGAAACAAAAUGAGCAUGUUCUAACCAAGAUCUACUCGUUUUCAUAUAAAGACAAUGAUGGUUGUUAAAGAAAUACCCAAUAAACCAAAAGAUCCAACAAAUCGUCAAUGCAUGCUUCCACCAAACUCUAAUUCUUCCAGAAAGAAAGGCAUAGAACAAAACAAACAUUUGCUCUGUCACACCGUCCCUCUGACGAACUUCUACAUCUUGGAAAGGAAUCACUAAAAAAACAAAGUAAAAAGCAAACAAGGAAACUUCUUGGCACAAACAUUUGCUCAUAUUAAGCUCUCCCUUCCAUUAUAUAUUCAACCACUCCACUCCCUUCAUUUUGGAGUUCACCAUUAGCCUUCCAAAAUCCUCCCAAAUCCUUGCAAGAAAACAUGAAGCUCCAACAACGAACAAGAAGCAAGAGAUCCUCAUCUUCCCCCUCUACCUUCUGCCUAGCCUCUCUUCUUCUUCUUCUUCUUCUUGCCCUUUACUCACAAUCCUCAUUCGCGCAGGAAGUCGAGGAUGAGAGGGAGUUUGACUACAUAAGAGGAAGCCAAAAGGGUCCUUCCAAAUGGGGAGAGCUGAAGAAAGACUGGGAAGCUUGCAAAACAGGUCAACUCCAAUCCCCAAUCGACAUGUCGGAUCAAAGGGUGAAGUUGCUCAACAGAUCUCUUGACAUCAACAGGAGUUACAAGCCUGCAAACGCCAUUGUCAAGAACAGGGGACAUGACAUUUCGCUCCAAUGGAAAGGUUCGGAUGCAGGGUCGAUAAGGAUCAAUGGGACAGAGUAUCUGCUCCAGCAAUGCCACUGGCAUUCUCCUUCCGAGCACACAGUCAAUGGCAGGAGUUAUGAUAUGGAGCUCCAUAUGGUUCAUUUAAAUCCAGAGACGAAUGGGAUUGCUGUUGUGGGUGUGCUGUAUAAGGCUGGCAGCCCAGACCAUUUCCUGUCCAAAUUGAUUCAGGACAUUAAAUCCAUUGAGCACGACGAGAUGGACAAGAACAAGAAGAAAGAGAUUGAGAAGGAAAUGGGUGUGAUGGACCCUAGAGAGAUCAAGAUUGGUGGCAAGAAGUACUAUAGAUACAUUGGCUCCCUCACUGUCCCACCAUGCACAGAAGGAGUUGUUUGGACCAUGAGCAGAAAGAUAAGGACAGUUUCCAGAGACCAAAUCAAAGCCCUUCGUGAUGCAGUUCAUGAUAACAAAAUGCCAGGCCAGUUCAGCAACUCCAUCAGAGAGAAGUAGAGCAAUAUGGACCAAACAGUGUCGAGACUCCCAAUUAAUGUCACAGUUUUUCCCUUAGUCAAGCUUCUUCUGUUUUUGCUUGUGGGUUCCAGAAAGAAAAUGUCAUUUCCACCAUAUAGUAUGAUUUUUCUAUGCUGUAAUCCUCAAGUUCUGAUCCUAAAUAAUCAUUUAUUCUUUUAUUUGUUACAUGCAAAGUUGAAAACCGAAUUGAAUUGGUAUAGAAUGAAACCGAAAAUGAGCG